AUGUCCCAAAUAACAAAAUUUCUUCACAACAAGGCCUUAGUCACAUCACAAUUAAACGACGCCACAAUCGCCGACUGGCUGAAACCUUCUCGGGGCGAAGCCAUGGCUAGGUUGCGAACCAACGGGCUCAGUCUCCUUACCGCCGUCGUCCUCACACAUCUCCUGCCUGUGCCGUCGCCUUGGACAGCGAUUUCCGUGCUACGCGAGCGCAUACCAGCUAGCGGGCUGUACUAUUUACUGUGUAGUGUUGAGGUGCUCCUGCUUGCCAUCCUCAGCAUCAACAUCCUGCAAGUGACAUACGCACUGAAAUAUCCACACGCCACGGUUGUACCACCUCCAAGACCAUCGCCUGCUAAAACUGUUGGAGCGUCUUCGCCAAAGCGUCAGUGGCGCCUAAAGGGUCUGUCGCCAGAUUCGACUCCUCAGCGACAGAAAUCAUUCUCAUACGCCGCGUCACCCGUAUCUACCCCGUCGCGAACGCUGAACUACACAAUCCCGCCAUCAGCGCCUUCGCCGUUUGACUCGUCGUUCUCAAGCUCUGUAGGUUCGGUACCGGGGUCACCCAGUUCACCAUUGGCAGCUUAUCGGGGGCGGCAUAGCACUGUCGCAGGUCGCGCAUUCGAUGGUUCUCUCCUUAGUAGACUAGCCCGCGCAGCCUCAUCCUCCGAGGACGAGGACGAAUGA